CGGGACCACUCGUCCACGCAACACAGGCAAGUGGCAACUAGUUUCUCUCGUGAGCUUGGUGGGAGUGGAUGUCAGACCCCAUUCACAGGUUACCAGGAUACGGGAGUGUGUAAUGAGAGGGAAAAGGUGAACGAAUGACGAAAACGUAGAGAAUAGGAGAUUAGAGGAGACGAGAGGAUAGCAUAGAGAGGCUGGCACUUGAAGCAGGCAGCGGCGUGGCGAGGCUAGCCGUGAGUGGCCCGUGAGCCUGCCAGCGCUGUGGUAUAGAAUAGCCAAGUGUCAAGAAAAGAGGAAGAGGAUCACUUCAGUAACACUAUGUAGGCAGCGUUAGAUCCAUUGUCAAAACUUGAAUAGAGGAAGAAGGGUGAGACCAAAGGUGAGGCAGUGUUAUAAGUGUUGGAGGAUCGUUGUGUGUAUUUGAAAUCAUUGUGGAUUGUUGAACGUGGCAGAGAAACGAAUUUCACGUGCCCUCUAGCAAGCACAUGAGCAGCGUGGGUGGCGGGGAAGAGUGUACCGUCACCGAGCAACAACUUCUGCCUCCACCACCUGUACCCAGGACCAAAAUGGGGUGCUCGUGGCUCUUCUCCCUGCGGACCGUGGCCGCGGGGUUCUCUCUCAUCCUGGCUGUCCUCUUCUUCCAUCCAAGUCUGCACAGUUUCCUGGUGGGCAGCACCGACCCCAACAAUCCCUUCCUGUAUGUGCGAAACUUCCACGUUUGGACCAGGCGUCACCCCCAGAAGGCCCAAGACCUCUCCAUGGGGUCCCGCUCCGCCCUCGCCGCCACGCACUUCCAGAGCAAGCAGACCUACAUUAUCAUUCACGGCUUCCUGGGCUCGAGCACCGACGGCUGGAUUCUGUCACUUAAGGAUGCGUUGCUUAACCGGGAGGACUGCAAUGUGAUCAGCGUGAACUGGUCUGCGGGCUCCACCACCGCAGAGUACUUCCUGAUCCAGCCAAGGGUUCGUACAGUAGGCGCUGAGGUGGGCCAGUUUCUUUCAUUCUUGGAGGACGCCGCAGGACUUUACACCUACCAGGUUCAUGUCAUCGGGCACUCCUUGGGUGCCCACGCAGCAGGCUUCGUAGGCAAGACACUCAACGGCACGCUACCCAGGAUAACAGGUCUGGACCCCGCCGGCCUAAGCUUCCACCAGGCUGACAGCGCCGACCGCCUGCACCACUCUGACGCAGUGUUCGUUGACGUGAUCCACACCCACGGCUGUUACACCUUCCUCAAGAUGUGGGAGGACUGUUUUGGUAUUGAUGAGAACCUUGGAGACGCAGACUUCUGGCCCAAUGGAGGGGAGCGCCAGCCAGCCUGUGAGGAUGGUGGGGAUGGAGCCACAUCUGUCAAAGACGGCAGUAGCUGUGACCACGGCAUGGCAUAUGUUCUCUACAUCGAGAGCAUCAAGUACAUGCCAUCCUCCACACAUUUCCUGGCCCGCCAGUGCCCAUCCUGGAAGCACUACAACAACAGGUCCUGCCCCUGUGGCCACCCAGUUCAGUACAUGGGUUUCAAUGCAGAUCCAAGGGCACAUGGUGUCUUCUACCUGAACACCAGCAGGACAGCUCCCUAUGGCUUAUUGGACUCAGACUGUUCUGCAGGUGCCUUCUCUCUUGUGCAGAUCAUUGGUCUGAUGAUGCUGUCCAUCCUACUGGUGUUGCUGCUGCUGCUGGUGGGACUGGUGCUCAUCCAGCAAUACUUUGGGCUGCCCAUCCUGGCUCGGGUGCGGGCCAGACUCUACAUGGAGGACUUGGUCUGGCAUGGUCUGGGAAAAAGUCCAUCUACUCAUAUUCUCAAUUCUGACAAAGCAGUGGACACUUGAAUUGUAUCAGCAUCAGUUACAUCAGUAGCAGCUUGGGCCUGUGAUAUAAUGAAGAAUAAGUCCAAUCACAGCUUCUUUGUAAUGCCUUUGUCAAGCCGCCAUGACAGCUUAGCACAGAAUACAGUGCUACAUCAUGUUUGCCAGAGCAUCUGUCCUGCUGUGUCUGGUGUGUUGCCUUGCCUCCUGUCACUGGCGAAUUCGUCCAUUGUUUGGAGGAAAAGAUACACAUAUCAUGAUGUUCUUAAUUGCUAUGGUUUUUGCAGAACAGACUUCUGUUUAACCAUCUUGUGGAGUGAUGCUCCUGUGUACCUUAAUUUGUCUUUGAAAUGGCUUUAGAGGAAGCUAGUCUAGUCACAGUUUAUUAAUAUUAAUAGAAGUAUAUUUAGAUAAAUUGUGUAGUUCAUGUAGAAAUUUUCUUCUUUUUUAAUAAACACUUCCUGCACAGGGAAGGUUGCAUCCAACCAAAGAAAGCAACAACAUCUUUCUUAUUCAUUGUAAAGUCCAUGAAGGCAUUCCCAGCCCUUUGCUCUUAUCUUUUUCAGUUGCCUUUCAGACUACAAGGAAUAAUGAGACAUGCAUUGUGAAUCCUCAUGUCCCAUUAACAAGCCAUAUCAAUACCAAAAGUUAUUCACACUCUACAUUUGCUGUAUGAACAAUCACACUAAUGCAUCUCUCUUCAUACAAACCACCACAACAAGGCAGAUAGUGGAGUGCCAUUUAUGUAUUAAAAAUCUAUAUUAUCAGUUGCUCUAUUUCCUUGUCACUGAGUUUUUGAGUGAAGCUGCUACUUGUUCAUUGUUCCCCAAAGAUGUAGUAUUGCCCAUUACCUCAUUGUUCAUUGUAAUGUUACAAGUAAGCUUUUUGAUGCAUCAGUGAUAUGCAUGCAGGCUUCAAGAUUUCAUAUUAAUUAAUCUCUCUACAUGAAGUUUAAUUUUAUGUGUUCACUGUGAUUAAACUGAAGUUUGAAUUGGAAAAUCUUUUCUUAGUAUGUCACAGUUUUAUUAUUAAUUUGAACUGAAUUAUCUGUAAUCUUAUGAAAUCAGCAAGCAUUGAAUAUCCCCUUAUGUUAUAACAAAUUGUAGUUAUAGUAAUCAUGAUAUUUUCUUACUUUUCUCUCAUUGAUUGUGAUAAAAAUAAAGUUUUCAUGACAGCUGGCCAAAGGCUUUUGAGAUCAGCAAGAGCAAUAUGAAUGGUUGUGAAUUUGUAGUGAAAACUGGGCUGUAACAUUUUUACAGUAUGCAAGAAUGUACACUAAACUUACCAAUAAUUUCACAAGUAUUGAUGGGACAUAUAUGAUAUAAUGGUAACACAAAUAACAUUAACACACUAAAAUCCUGAUGAGGGAAUAUAAUUUGUGACAUUAAUUUCCUAAAGUAUGUUGUAAGUGAAGAAGCAUACAUACAUACUUCCAUUUACAUGCAUAGUAGGUCAUGAUGGCUGAGCAGAUAUGGGUUAUAUUAGCAGUGCUAACUAACCUUCUUACUUGCCACAUCACCCUCACCUCAUGCACCACACUUGCUAAAAAAAAAAAUAUUUGACUCCUGUUCUGUGUAGGAAACAUUAUUAUUAUUAUUAUUAUUAUUAUUAUUAUUAUUAUUAUUAUUAUUAUUAUUAUUAUUAUUAUUAUUCCCAGAGUUGAUCAGAAGACAUUUCACUUCAAAAUUAUUUUAAUUUCAUCUUUUGUUUGCCAAUGAUAGCUGUUUAGGGAAUUAUAGAAAAAUAGACUGAGAAUUUUCUAUUUUGAGAUGCUGAUGAUGUAUAGUUAUACUUUAAUGCCAGUGCCAUUUACGAAAAUUCUCUUAUUUGUCUAUAGUUUAUGUGAAACAAAUUAUUUAGAUAACAGUACAGAUCCCUGUGUGAUGUGAGACAGUUGCCUUAUAAGAGUGAGUGGUGGUGAGUAGUGGUGCCGCAGCAAUGACAAUAUUUACUUAUAUAUCAAGCCUCAUGGUCAUUAAUAUUUGUAUGCACACACACACACACACACACACACACACACACACACACACACACACACUUUUCUCAUGUAUGGUAUACUUUACACUAUAUGCUUUAUAUUGUGUUAGCAGCAAUUCAAAGUAUAGAUCCUGAUGUAGAAGUAUCAAACGUCCCACAGUGUCCAUGGCAUAAUCACCAGCAUGAUGGUCUAGGAAUGGCCACCACUAUAUUAUAUAUAAACCAUGUUCUUAUGUCUUAUACUAAAGCCUUAAGUUCUUAGUAGGCAUUUAUGUAGCUGGUAUGCAUUUACUAGUCUUACUAAAAAGAUAAGUAUUUAGAUAGACAAAAAAGAGAAAUAUACUGUAAUACUCUGUUGCACAAUUUGUUCUUUGAGAUGUAUGAACACACAGUUAAGGUGUAGACAUUAAUUGAUUACACUGUUACAGUAUUACAUUUGGGGAUCAUAAUAUUUAAAUCAUGAUACUGCUGUAUGUAUCAUCACAUUCACUUUAUUGAAUUAGGAAUUAGCAAUGCACAAAAAUUAGCUGUCAUGAUCUUAGUGUAAACUGAAGGUCUGGAAAAUUUAAUAAUGAAAAAAAAAUACAUAGAAAUUUACGUUGAGAAUAUUUUGUAACAGUAUUUACACAAGUUGGAAUUUCACACUGUUAUUUCCUUGACUCAUAAACAUUGUAGUGUCAAUAGAACCCUGAGAAAGCUGACCUGCACAGAGGUGUUCUAGAUUUGAACUGUAGUCACAGAUGCAGAUAUUCAUCAAAUCAUACAUGAGAUACUGACCUAGGCCAACCUUCAGCAUAAAUCUUGACAGCUCUUCUAAAAAAAAACAGUAAUGUGUAAAUGACAUGAAUGUCAUAAUGUAAGAAAUCUCAGCUUAACCUCACAUACUGCUUAAACCAAAGAUUCAGAAUUACAGCCAAAACUUUUUGCUAGUUUUCUCAUACAUCAAAUUAUAGUAGGUACUAAUAAUGACAUGAAAAAUUUGCAGUGUCUAAAGCCACAGCCAUGAAGAGGUAUUCAAAUGGUGGAAAUAUUGGUUAGUAUUUGUGUGAUUGCUCCCAGCUUGAUCAUUAUGUCAUUAUUUGUCUUGUGAGUUUGAUGUUUAGGACAUGAACACUACUACUUCAUUAAUAACAAGCUGCUGAACUGUAGAUCUUACUACCCUGUACUGUGUGAUAUGUACAGUCUUGAACACAAGUUGAGUAAUCUUCUACACUCACUUCCUCGGUAUUUAGUUUUCCCUCAGUACCAAAUCUGAUCUGACAGUCUAAAAAAAAAAAAUAAAUAAAUAAAUGAAAUAAAGAUAGAUAAAUAAAAAAAAACUUGGUAAUUGGCAAUUUCAUAGAUGAUUCAAGAUUAAGGGAAAAAGGCUGAACACAGUGGGAGUGAGUGCAGUAGGUUUUUUGACUUGAUAUUGACUGUACCUACAUAACAAAAAAAGAUUAUACAUAAUUAUAUAUUCA